AUGGAGCGAGUUAGAAAGGUCUACUUUGAUGCUUUGGCAAUGACCAAGGCCCAGAUCUAUGAGCUUCUGGAGACACUUCCUAGCGGUUCCGCGCAUCCAUUUAGUUCUGAACGCGUGCUUCUGUGUCGGACAGAACAUGGCGUUGAGGAGAUCGACAUCUCUUCUUACCCAGAAGACUACUUUUUUAAUGCUGUAGAUUUAGGCGCGAUGGGCGAGACGCUAUUGAAGCGAAUGGCUGGUUUUAAGCAUCAUUUGAGCGUGUUCCAAGAUUUCCAAAUUCUGCAGGCACCGGCUUCAACAUUCGAGAUCCCAAUAGUAUCAGAUCAAAUCACCAUCUUGGCAGUCUCCGAAAGAACACCUACUUACUAUGACUUUUGCUUUGCGGAUGCAUCUUGUAAUGCUUGUUGCUGGCUUGCCAGAAAUACAUUUCAGGGCAUCACCCAUAGUGGCGAUAUUCUCAAUGGGAAUGACCUACUCGAUUUUGUCCGCAUCAACAAAGACAGGCUCACUGAUAAGGAGAUUUGUGUCUUCAUAUCUGGCUACCAGACUACGCAAAUCACAAGAUUUCAAGGCACCCACCCUGCGUUGCUGGUUGCAAACCAUGUCGACAAGAUUCUUUACAUUAUACCAGUUCCCCUAGACGCGGCGACAAUUGGCGAUGCCACCAUAUGUUGCCCUCUGGUUAUCAAGGGGAACGGAGACUCGUUGAUAUGCUCAAUAUUGCCGACAGCGACCACUGAUCGAGACAUGAUGUGCCAUAGUAAUAAGUUAGAAAGUCCUUGCUUCGCAGAAGCAAUUCAGCGUGCCGACUUUACCAUCUCUAGCACCAGUGAGAGCGCUGUUCUAGUGCCUAGAACUGCUAUUGCCAGAGAAGCUGCAGAUGCGCCUUCGGAACGUCUUCGUGGACUGGUCAAUAAGGAGCAUGCGAUAAUUACCACCGACUCGGCCAUUUUCCCCUCAUUCGUUGACUUGGCAAGUACACAGAUGAUACGAUUCGGUACGGGUCUUGAGUUCAUACUGCCAGAUGAAAAGUCUCUUGCAAAGGAACAGUCGUCUACUGUUGUUUUACCAUGCAUUUUUGGGUCUCUGCUUUCGGGGCCCUUAUUGCUGGCGACAGGCACUGUCCCUACAAAUGUUCCAUUCCGCGACGAGGAAGCUCUACGAAGCUAUUAUGAGCAGCUCAAAAGUGUUGUGGUUAUUGUCGACGACCGCAUGACAGACAAUGCUCGCAACCUAGCAACUUCCUACAGGAUCAAUGCACUAUUCAUUGUGCAGAUUACUCCGGAAGGCGAACCCAAGGAUACCGACGAUGUCUUGAAGCUUCUGGAUUCGGUAAACAUCAAUGCAGUGACAGCUCUUGCCGGCCCCCAAUCCUUGGUUCUAGUGCAAGUCUUUGACAGAUAUUACUUUUACCGAGGCCUUGCUAAUCGGGCCCACUUGAACACUACCAAGCUGGCGUUUGGCACAGAUAUCACAUCUAUCAUCGAGUCUGCAGGUGCUGAACCCAUGACCGACCCCAGAGUGAAGCGGCUGAUCGACCUCGAGAAUGCCAACACCAUUAUCCUUCCCUCUACGGGCCAGUUGGUACGAGUCCAGGAUCUUCAGAAACUAUUCGAGGAUCUUUCAGUCAACGAAAUUCAAGCCAUGGAGGAAGACAUCACUGCUGCGAUUCCACAGCUACAGAUUCUGUUGAACCAGAAAGACCUGCAGGACCUCUCUCAGUCCUUGGUAGCUGCACUUUCCGCCAAGAUUGGCAAGGCCGUAUCUCCAAUGCGGGAUGCUUACGUCAAUCUUGUGACCGAGAAUUCCAACGUGGCCGAUCCGGAGUUGGUAAAGAAGAAGAAUGACACGCUGGGUCUGCUGAGGUAUACUACCAAGGAGCUGCAGAAGGCUCUAGAGCCGGUCAUUUCAAGUUUGGCCAGCAUAGUGUCUGUCCGGACGACUUCAAAGCGAACCUAUGACUUGAAGCGGCUUGUGCGUCAAUCUCAGAUCCGUGGAAAUGUUGAGGCAGCAAAGUCCAUGACUUUCGAAACCCUUUCAGGAUACCUGGAGACUUAUGCUGAAGAUAUGGGUGUCAUGCUGCUGAAGAUCAAGGAUGAGCCAUACCGCGAGCUUCUAGGAGGCUUGAAGAAUGCUGCCAUUGAUGCUAGUCCAUGUUGCGAUCUUGACUCGAGAGUUCUCCACCUGCAGGGACUUGAUGCAGGCAUCAUCAUGGAGCAGUCACAGAGCUAUCACGACGGCCCACUUCGAAGUCAGCUAGGACCAAACCAUCCACUGAUGGCACUGGCGAAUAUAGGACAGCACGAAUCCGGAUCAACUCUGGCCUGGGUCUGUUGGGACGAGUUUGUCGACCUCGAAAGUCCUUACACUGUAAGAUGGAUGGAGAAAUGCAACGAAACCCAUAUUGCUGCGCUGAGGAUUAUCAUGAGAGGUACCCUGAGCCAUGCAGUAGCGUCGAGAGAGCAUAACCUGCAGCCCGGCAGCCCGGAAAUUGGUAAUCUUAUGGGCACUUUGCUCAUGACUGCAAUGUCGAAACUCGCCGCGAUGAGGACAACCACUCCAGACCUGGUCGCCAAGGCAGAAGAUACAGUCACACGACUGAUGCGAGGACUGUUUGGCAAUCUAUUGACCAUUGCCGGGUCUGGUGUGCGUCCUCUAAGUAUGGUCUGGCAGUUGUUUGGUCUGAACCCCCAAUACGACCUUCCCACCACCGCCGCAGAGUGGGUCUGGUACGAGACUGUCGUUGCCUUGUAUCCAUACACUGGGUGGCCUCUUGAGCAGUUUUACAACAAUCUGGAGAAGCUUCUCGACAAGGCCAUAGUCCGUGUUGUCACCAAAAGCGAAGAUAUCAAGGAAAUCAAGUCAAACCGGACGCAAAGCUUGAUCCGAUACUGCAAACUCCGAAAUAUUCAGCUUGACCAUUCUCGUACCAUCAUUACCAUCUUUAUGCGAAUGCUCACAGAAAAGGACGUCGAUAUUGCGGCCGUUGCAACGCGUCUGCUAGAGCAUCUUCCUCCAACAUUGGAAAGACAGACGCAGAGCUACGGCAAGAUGAUCAAGUAUAUCAAGCAUCUCUCAACGGGAGGUCCACGACGCGGCAAAGACGACCUGGUUGCCGCCAGCAUCUACACGAAGCGUUCCGCUGCUUUUAGCGAACUCAAGACCCGAGUGGCCGAAGCAUGCCAGAGCAAUGACUGGCCUGCCGUCAAAGAAUCGUGCCAGUCAAUCAUGGACAAGCACGCGGAAAUUGCCGCCCUGUGGAAUAUCAAUCCGCAGUCGCUCAACAUUCAAAACAUCACGGUAUACAAAGAUCUACUGAACAUGGAUCUUGGAACCGAAGAUGACCCGAAUUCCAAGGCAAUCAGCCACGAGCUGACGCGGCUGGUUCUCGGCGACGCGGAGAGGCUGCGUCUCCCGUGGCAGGUUGGCAAAGAGGGUCAGUUUGGGGAUACUAUCGAGUCCCUCAACGAGGAGUUCCUACAUGAGAUAUUGACUGGAGAGAAAUUGGAAGCACCCAGCGCCAUCGAUACGGAAAGCAAGGUGGUAGAGGAUUCGAUAACAACUUUGGCGCUGCCGCAGACGGAAGACGAGUUUUCUCGAUUCAAGUCGGCAGUGCAGCCUCGCUUCAUAAGCACCAUGCAGAAGGACCUGUCUCCCGAUGAUGUGUGCGAAAUCCUCAAUAUUCCUGUUUCGGCAAUGCGCGUCUUUGCCAGAGCUCUGAAUCCGGAAUUUGAAUGGGCGGAUCUCGGGCAGAAUUUCAAGAUGGUCGUACUUGACUUGUUGAGGAAUCGUACUGAUCGAUUGGAAAGACGUCCUACCAAGAUGUUACUUGGUCGUGGAAGUGGAAGAGUUUUGCAGAUCGAGGCAUGA